CUGGACUUUGUUUCUGUGGAUUUUACAUAAGCAACAAGCUGUUUAUUGUCGUUUACAUAUUUAGAGGUCCAAGGUACGAUGGUUUUAACAUGGACUGUCUUUUGAUUGGCCAAUUUGGUGCAAUUAGGAAUGUGAUGAAAUACUUUCAAGUGUCAUCAAGAUAAUAACUUUGUCCUUUCUCCUUGCAGCUCUUAACUUGAAUCAUUUUCCAGAAAGUUUUUAUAUUGUCUGUCUGAGCAGGCGGAUGAACAAAUGAACACUCCGCCUCUUUAUGUUGAGACCACUGUUACUGGAGCACAGUUCAGUUACAAACAUUGCAGUGAUGCAGUCGUACUGUACGCACGAUGAUGAACUUUACCUUGGUAACAGCUUUACUCUUUACCUUCAGUUGGAUCUCUGUCUCAGUUUCUGAGUUUCACACUGUGGAGGUUCAGCCUGGUGAAGAAGUCACACUGAUGUGUUCCAACUUUAGCAGUUUACCCUCUCACAUAAACUGGUUCAGACUGAACAACAGAUCCAAUGCCAGCUGCAUCUCCACUAUGAUGAGCUCUGAUGCCAAUGCUUUGUUCUGUGACGGAUUUCAAAACAGCAAAUUUAAUAUGACGUCCAACACCACUACCCUCUUUCUCAAGAUCAAACAAGUGGAUUUAUCUGACUCUGGACUGUAUUUCUGCGGACUUAUCUCAAAUGGAAACUCAGUAAUUGUCAGUGCAACUUAUUUAAAGGUCCAAGAAAAUCCUCAUGAAAAAACAACUCCGAGUGUGAUCCUGGGUGCUGUGACUGUUUUCCUCAUAAUAGCUGUCACUGGUUUGGCUGUCAAAAUCAGUAAACUUCAGACAGCUGAAAAGGAAGAACAGAAUCCACAACAGAGUGAGAAUCUGGACUCUGAUGACCUGAAGGACGCAGCACUGACUUUGUAUUCAACCACAAUAAGGAAUAGGAGGCCUGCAUCAGAGAGAGAAGUGGAAACUUGUGUUAUUUAUGCUGCCAGCAAGUAGACACGAGAAGCUGAAAUUAACUGUGGCUCAUGCUGGAACUGGAGUUUGCAUCAUUUUUUCAACAAAUAUCUGCUUUUGUGGGGGGCUGUUUAGCUCAGUUGGUAGAGCGUGUCUCCCGUGUACUAAUGCUCAGUCCUUGUUGCAGCAUCCUGGGUUCAAGUCUGACUGGUGACUAUUUACUACAUGUCGCUCCCUCUCUCUAUCCUUCUCCACCUGUACUCAUUAAAGGCAAAAUCCUACUUUUGUGAUAGAUUAUAUUUUCAUAAAGGAUGUGUAAUCAUUCUGUUGAUGCUGAAAUUUAACUCCCACCUGCUGGUUGUCCCCACAUAUGCCACUACCUUUCUCGGCCAAUCUGUCUCUUUAAUGUGUAUCUAAAGAAUAUGAUUGGUGUCUGAAGAAGCAGGAGCCAGAAAGUCUGCAGCAGUGGAGGAGUGAGUGAGGUACACAUUACUUGUUUGACAGGAAGAGACAGCACAGUGUGGUCUGAGCAAAACUGAGGUGAAAAUAAUGAAGCUUGUUCAGUCCAAGCCUUGUGAGAAUAAAGUCUGAAAUGAAGCAGUGAAGACUGGCUGACUUCUUCUGUCAGAAAGACAAAAUCAUCAUCUUCUCUAUGUUUGUAAAAAAAAAAAAGUUUUUGAAAAAAACACACAGUACAUCAAUAUAGCAACUGUGAUGUAAAAGUAUAUGUGUAUAUGAUGACAUUUAAAUCUCUGAAGAAAAAAUGCAGUUCAAGUUGUUGCCCAUCGUUUCACUGUGGUGACAAACCACUACCUGUCU